AUGCGAUAUAUCGAAUAGUAUGUUUUCGAGGUCGCUGAAUACGAAUACCAACUUAUUUUCUGGGUCCAACUCCUCAAAGCCCCUCUGGCCCUCUGUGCCCCAAAAAGGGGGUUAAAAUUUUGAAAAAUCGUGAAAAGUCGAGUGAUAUAUCGAAUGGUAUGUUUUCGAGGUCGCUGAGUACGAAUACGAACUUAUUUUUUGUGUCCCCCCCCAAUGUCCUUCUGUGCCUCAACAAGGGGGCCAAAAUUUCAAAAAAAUCAUCAAAAGGUCGAGUGAUAUAAGUAUCAAAUGGAAUGUUUUUGAGAUCUCUAAGCACAAAUAUGAACUCAUUUUUUGGGUCCCACCCCAUAAAAGGUGGAUGUCGCAUACACUGACAACUCGCAUCCAUGGUAAAUUCAACGUUUCGAAAAAUCUGUAAGUUGGCAGCGGCUCUGCAUUACCUAGAUCUUGCAUUUACUCUUGAAGUACCGUGGUUUCUUGUGAUGACCAUUUAAAACAAACGUAGUUGACGUACUCGUAUGUAGAGUACAGAGAUCGUUUCCUUUCAACGUUUAUUCAAAGACGAACUGGAGCCUCGCAUCUUAAAAUUUUUAAAUGUAUUGUGGUGCCGUUUUUGGCACCCGGUGGUUUUUUUGGUGAUCUACACAUGGUUAAACAAAAGGUACCAAUGUUUAGUACUAUUAGUAUUUCGGCCAGUUGCCGGAGGAGAAAAGAGUGGGGGACAAAGGAAGAGCAGGACAAUAGAACAGUUUCCUAGAAGUAGGUAGCUAGGUAAGGAAAUUUUGUUUUGGAAUGAGAUCGCGACCCAAAGGCGCGAGCUCCGCGUGACGCCUCAACAAGCAAUGAAUAGGAUUAGGAUUAGGAAUGGAAGACAGACUAUAACACUAAGUCAUCACGCAUGCGCAGAGCGAGGGCACUCUACUGUCUCCAGUCUGGAGUUCGCUUUUGUAUUGUAUUUGAAAGUUGAAACGGCUAGGUCAGUCGUCAUGUCAUCAACCAUUGCACCACCAGCUUGAUUCAUUUUCAUUUAAACCAUUGCGGCUUACGCUUGCAGCCAUUUCAAAGUGAAUGUGAAUUUGAAUUUAUGUAUGUUUCAGUAAUUCAGUACGAGUAUGACUUUGAUUAGUUGCGCAUAUGAAUUUUCUUUUAAAUUUUAGUUAAAUAAAAAGAAUUAUAAUUGAGUGAACACCUCGCGUUGUUUUCUGUUAUUCGUGAUAAAAUUUUGGUCCUUCCUGGUUGAGUUUGUUCGAGCCGUUUUCGGUAACGUUCAGAGAUUUGCUGUAUUCACCUUUUUGCCAGCUUGUCGCAUAGUCAGCUUUUCAAAUCGAAUUAAAUAUGCAGUACGUACGUGUGAUCAACGUCAAAGAUUCAGAAUCACAACCCAUCAGAUUUCCUUGCGAAGAUAAUGGAACACUCACGAUUUCAUCAUUAGCAGCUCACUACCCGGGUGCUACCGCAUUGAAGUAUCCUCUUUCAAAAGGCCACAAUCGUGUUGUAAGACUGGUAAACGGAAUAUUAUAUCCGCCGGAAAACGGCUGGGGAGACAGAACUUAUCACGUUGUAAUUCCGACAUACAACAGAAAACGCAAGGCUGACGAUGCUUUAGAAACGUCCGAGUCGAAAACUUUCAAAGAGGAUACCGAUUUGGUGGUGUCGGGGUUGUCUGGGGAAACGACAGAUGAGAAAUUACGGGACUACUUUUCUAAAUUCGGCGAACUACAAUUAGCGCAGGUCAGAAUCGAUCCCAUUUCGAAGACAUCCAAAGGCUUUGGUUUUAUAAGAUUCGCUGAUCAGGAAGCUGAAGUGCGAGUCACGUUGCAAAGACAUCAGAUCGACGGCCAAUGGUGCGACGUACGGAUUCCAGUUUCCAAGACGAAGAAAGAAAUUGAGGCAUUAGUUGCCUUAAUUCGCGAACCGGAGGUCUUGGUUGAUGUUUUGACCAUAAAAAUUCGCGCUCUUCGCAAUAAUAACCGCCAGGCUUUCGAGGAUUCAGUGAAAGAGCGCAGGUUGCGACUGCAGGCUGAAGAUAAUUUGGCCAUCUAUAAAGCAAGAUUUGAAAGUUUCGAGAAGGCCCAGCGCAUUCUUGUUGACGAGUAUUUUGGAGCAAGCAUCUAGGCUCUGGGUUGGAUUUGUUUAAUACGUGAUUGUUUAAAUGCAGAAAUUUAUGCAGACCCAUUCAGCAAGUUAUCAUGGCAGACCACAGUCUUUUUGAAGUGUUACUGAAAGCUCAAAAAUAGGAAGAUUUUAUGAGCCGUACUCAGUCGAUUCCUGCGCUUUUGGAGGCUAAUGAAAUGAAAGAGAAAAUCUAGUGAAACUAACAUCUGUUUUUACUUAACACAGUAAGAAAUGGAAGGAUUUUAUUAAUGAAAUGUAAACAAAAAACAAUCAAGAUGUGCGAUGUACGUCAUCAUUGUUCAGUUCUUAUAUACGAAAUAUAGAAAAUGUUUUCAUUUA